ACCUCCCCUCCUACUCCGCCGUUUGAGGGCUCGAGAAGCUUCUGUGUCAUCGAUAUAAAUUCGCUGCGCCUGGCAAUAUCCCUCCCCUCCGACAAACUCUCACGCGAUCAAUCUCACCACCAUCCUCACGACUUCACCCCGCCAUCUCCUCACCAUCUAUCAACCAUCAUAACAUAUCGCCUUCUACACGUUUAAAACCUCACAACCUUCAAAAUGAGCGACUGGGACUCCGUUACCCGCAUUGGAGCUAGACACACCGGUGGCUCGGCUCCCCGUGAGAGUGUCGUCAAGGGCAAGAGUGCCUUGAACGCUGCACAGCGUCAGGGUCUGGUCAUCGGAACUGAGAAGAAAUAUGCCAGUGGCAAUGCCGCUGGUCGCUCAGGUGCCCCCGAAGGUCAGCGUAUGACCAUGGUCGACCGCAGUGAUGACAUCGUCAAGCCCAAGACUGUUGGUCACCAAGUCGCAGAUGCCAUCAAGAGGCGCCGAAAUGAGGAGGGGUACAAGAUGACACAGAAGGAACUCGCCACCAAGUGCAACACCACACCUGGUGUCAUCCAGGACUUUGAGAAGGGUACCGCCACACCAGACCAGAAGGUCCUGAGUGCAAUGGAGAGAGUCCUCAACGUCAAGCUGCGAGGCUCGGACAUCGGAAAGGAGAAGUUCCCCAAGAAGAAAUAAAUUCUGUUCGACGGUGAUCCUGCGGCUUUUUCUUUUGGGGAAGCGGAUAGUAUGAACUAUCGGUUUUCUUUCGUCUCGGGUUUAUUCAGCUGUUAUGUUCCUUUUCAAUGAGAUACAAUGAUACUCCAUCUUUUUUUUUCUUCCA